CCAGUUCUCUCUCUCUCUCUCUCUCUUCUUCGAGCGUUGAUCGUAUCUCGGUCCAGUUCUCUCUCUCUCUCUCUCAUGGCAGCAAUGAGCCUGCCUCCGGGAUUCAGGUUCCACCCCACCGACGAGGAGCUGGUUGUAUACUACCUCGACCGGAAAAUAACAGGCCGCACAAUCGAGCUCGAUAUCAUCCCCGAGGUUGAUCUGUACAAGUGCGAACCAUGGGAUUUACCAGAUAAGUCGUUCCUGCCUAGCAAAGAUAUGGAGUGGUACUUUUACAGCCCAAGAGAUCGAAAGUAUCCGAACGGGUCGAGAACAAAUCGAGCUACCCGAGCCGGUUACUGGAAGGCUACUGGGAAGGAUCGGUCUGUGCAAUCACAGAAGCGGCCAGUAGGAAUGAAGAAGACUUUGGUUUAUUAUAAAGGAAGAGCUCCCCAUGGCAUCAGAACCAGCUGGGUCAUGCACGAAUAUCGCCUCACCGACCAGCCUUCAUCUGAUACUGUUCAAUCAGUUCUAAAGGAUUCUUAUGCAUUAUGUCGAGUUUUCAUGAAGAGUACAAUUCAUGUGCAAAAACCCUUGAAGGAAAAGAAUGGGCCUCCAGACAAGGAACCAAUAAUGUGUUUAUCAAGUGGGAAUGAAGAUUUAGCAGAAGAUGAAAAUUUGGAUUUGGAUAAUGAUUGUUCUACCAAUUAUAAAUUUCCAUCAGAUGCCUCUUCUUCAGAUGUUACCCAAAGCACGCCGCUUGAAACUAGCACGAGAGAGGACUUGUUACAAGCUCCAUUUGCAUCAGAUGAGGCAAAUAGUUCAGCUGACCUAUAUUCAUUCUGCUUCCCCUCCGAUCCAAUACUUCAGGAUAUUGAGAUCCCAAUGAAGUGCCCCAGUCUGCAGUACCAAUCGCCAUAUCCAGCCUUGGAGCUAGCCGACUUCCCCCACAUAGAUAUAGCCGAAAUUCUCUCUCUUUCUUCUUCCCAAGACUGACUUGACUACUUACUCUUCAAACUAUUAUUUCACCACCAAUCUCUACAACAAGGUCCACAACACUCAUCCGUGCUAUAUAGGUAUAGGUUUCAUAUAUAUAUAUAUAUAUUACCCUUUCUAUAUAUAUAUAUAUAUAUAUGAAAAAGAUAGACAAGUACUGCUCAACUAGAAUUGUUGAUAGAAAUUUUGGAUCCAACUAGAAGCAGCUAUAUAUAACCAGCCUCAUACAGACCCAAUCACAAAAAGUCUCAAAUAUAAUGGUGAGUUUAUAUAAUUCCUAGAGAGAGAGAGAGAGAGAGAGUUUCAUUAUAAAGCAGAGAACUGCGGAAGAAGGAUAUCGGUUGAGACAGCAGGUUAAUUAAUUAUUGGACUUGCUUUGAUCAUGAUGAUGAGCUUGAAAAUUGCAGUUUGAUUGGAUGGAAAUGCUGAGUGGAUUGUAACUCAUCAGCAGCUGACGAAAGGCACAGCGGAUCAACCGCUCUCUCGGUUAUGGCCUUGCUGCUGAUCUUUUAAUUUGUAAUGUUCUUUGGCUAGACUUUGCUUGGAAGGAUCACAAUAUCACCUAUUCAACUGUACCACUAUU